AUGGUUUUCGCAAAAACAGGGUCGAUCUCGAUACAGGACGAGUCCUGUGAAAAGUACCCGUUCCACCCAACAAGACAAUUGGAGUCGGCUUUAACCCCCGCCAUUCGAAACUUGAGCUCGACGGCUACUUGCUGGAUAAGAAUAUUGUUGGCGAGAAACGGGUUCACCAGAGGCGCCGGAAGAUUCACCAGACAGUUGUUCAAAGACUUGAACGUCACAGAGACCUCUUGUGUAUCCAUCGUGGCAGAAUGUGGAUUUUUUGCAAGCUUUUUCACCCACUUCAAAAUGGAGAAGAUAUACUCGAUAUUACCUGAAUGGGAUGAUUUUGUCGAUAAGUUUGGUCGAGACGCGUCGACAGGCGUCGACAUUAAGGGAUCGAAAAAGGACACAGAAGAGUCCAAUUUUGAGACUGCAGCGGACAACGAGAAGGUGUCGAUCGACUCGAUGCUAUUUCCGAAAGCGACGGUGCACAAGGUUUCGAAACAGAUCUUGUCGCAAUCGGAAACAUCCAUGAUUCUGGCCAAGGACUCGCAGACGGUGAUUCAACGCGGGUCGGUUUUAUUUGUGAAUUACGUGUACCACCACGCCAAGCAGGUGGCCAAGGAUCAGGGCCGCAAGGUUGUGAAUGCCAACGACAUUCUAGCUGGACUGGAACGGGCGCAGUUUGGCAGCUUUGUGCCUGUUUUAAACGAGGAGUUGGAGAAAUUCAAUUUGCGCAAGGAGAACAAGAAAAAGAAGAAGGACGAGCUGGAGGAGCCGGAGGAGGCUGCUGAGACAAACGACGACGACGGCGAGCACAAAAGAGCCAAGGUGGACGCUACACAGCCUGUUGAGCCGGCCCCAGUGCCCGUUUCUGCUCCUGAAAGAGAGAACGAGACCACGGACGACGUGGUGGAAAUCGAGGACGAUACAGAAGAGGAACAGCCUGAGGAGCCGGAACUGCCGGCCGUGAACGCGAUCCAGAACAUACAACAGGAAAUGAAGGAGUUGGAAGGAGAAGAGCCAGAGACAGAAAACGAGACAUAG